GUCUGUUAAUUAAUGAUAAGAUUUCUCAAGGAGGGCAGUGUAUAUUUCCCGGCACAGUAUUAUGCAACAUAGCAUUCGUCACACAGACUAAGAGCACGCACAAUGACGGAAGCCACUGGUACAGCGCUUAAAGUUGUGUCUCAUGUUAAUGGACUUGGAGUGGUCAAUGAGGGAUUUGAAACACAGGAGGAUGACAUUUCAGUUAGUAACAGAAGCAGUAUCAAAGAGGAGCACUCAAGAAAAGGAUUGGGAUUAUAUUUAAGUAAGGUUUGCAAGCCUAUUAAUGCCACAGAGGAUUACUUUAAUGCUCACGCCAAAACCAUCAAAUGCAUUGUACUGGGCUUGCUCGGAGCAGGCUAUGUGGCAUACUUCAUCACAGCCUGCAUAUUGGACUUUGAGAGGGCCAUUGCCCUUGUGGUCCUCACCAGUUUGGCAGUUGUCUCCAAAGCCUAUGACCUUGUGAAGACAUACCAUGGAGAUAGCAUAACCAAAUGUUUCAUACCAGCUCAAAGAUGCUUCAACAAUUUCCGGGGAUGGAUAAUAGGAGUUUUCGUUGUUGCGGUGCUGGUCCUGCUGGUGACUUGGCUCGUUGUGGACACAAGCAAGCGACCAGAGCAGCUCAUCUCAUUUGGAGGGGUCUGCAUGUUCAUUCUAGUCAUUUUCAUCUUCUCAGCCCACAGGACAGAGGUGGCAUGGAGGUCAGUCUUUUGGGGUCUUGGUUUACAAUUCUGUAUCGCACUGUUUGUCAUAAGGACAGAGCCAGGACUCACAGCCUUCCAAUGGCUUGGAAAAGAAGUGCAGAUAUUCUUGAACUACACAACAAACGGGUCAUCAUUUGUUUUUGGACCACUAGUAUCCGACAUCUUCGCAUUUCAGGCUUUGCCCAUUGUGAUAUUCUUCAGCAGUGUGAUGUCAGUCCUUUAUUUCCUUGGAAUAAUGCAAUGGCUCAUCAUUAAGAUCGCAUGGGUAAUGCAGAUAACGAUGGGAACCUCACCCACUGAGACCUUGAGUGUUGCAGGCAACAUAUUUGUUGGACAGACUGAAGCGCCAUUGCUGAUUCGCCCCUAUUUGUUGGACAUGACCAAAUCUGAACUGCAUGCUGUCAUGGUUGGAGGCUUUUCCACCAUUGCAGGAAGUGUGAUGGGUGCAUUCAUCUCAUUUGGGAUUGAUGCAUCCUCUCUGAUCUCUGCCUCUGUAAUGGCUGCCCCAUGUGCCUUGGCAAUCUCCAAGCUGUCCUAUCCGGAGACAGAAGAGAGCAAAUUUACAUCAGAGGAAAAUAUCAAAGUGGCUUGUGGUGAUGAACAGAACAUUUUGGAAGCAGCUAGCAGUGGAGCAUCUACAUCAAUAGGCCUUGUUGCUAAUAUAGCUGCCAACUUGAUAGCAUUCCUUGCGAUACUAGCAUUCAUCAAUGCAUCUCUUGGCUGGCUGGGAGGCCUGGUGGGAUUUCCCUCUAUCACAUUUGAGAUAAUCUGUUCCUAUGUGUUCAUGCCUGUGGCCUUCAUGAUGGGGAUACCAUUUGAAGAGAGUUUCAUAGUAGCAGAACUCAUCGGCACCAAGCUCUUCCUCAAUGAGUUUCUGGCAUUUCAGAAGCUAUCAGAGUUGAAGACUAACAGAGUCAACGGUCUGGAUGAAAUGAUUGGCGAAGAGAGGCAAUGGAUCUCAGUCAGAUCAGAGAUCAUCUGCACUUAUGCUCUGUGUGGAUUUGCCAAUUUCAGCUCACUGGGGAUCGUAAUUGGAGGCCUUUCCUCCAUAUGCCCAUCCAGAAGAGCCGACGUCUCCUCUUUAGUAUUGAGAGCCCUGUUCACUGGGACCUGUGUGUCUCUGAUUAAUGCCUGUAUUGCAGGUCUGUGCUUAUUUUCACUUCAAAAUGAUUCUUGA